GGGACGAUAAAGUUCAUUUUCAUAGUCCUUUGACUAUAGAAAUUAGAAACAAACAACAACUACUUCACUCUCUCUCUCUCACCAUGUUAAAUAAAUAAUAAAUCUUUUUUAUUUCUUUUCUUGAAACCAGAAGAGAAGAGGGGUCUUUUCUGUCUCAGCUUAAAUUCUUGGGCCUUUGGCUUAUAUUGUAUACUAUCUCUUCUGUUCUCCCUCCACCUUACAUAGUUUUCUUCUUACACCACGUCCACAACACCCUCUUUUUCUUUUUCUCUUCCUUCUUUUCCCAAACUUUUUCUUUCUUUUAUGCCCAACUUUAAAGAUUCAAACAUAUACGUUGAUAUAUAGAAGUGUACUUAAAUAAAGAGUUACUGUUUAAGCAAGUUGUGUGAGUAGAGAUGAUGAGUGCUUCGAAGUUUAUUAAAUGUGUGACCGUUGGAGAUGGAGCUGUUGGCAAGACCUGUAUGCUCAUUUGUUACACAAGCAACAAGUUCCCCACUGAUUAUAUACCGACCGUGUUCGACAAUUUUAGUGCCAAUGUAUCUGUGGAUGGGAGCAUUGUCAACUUGGGAUUAUGGGACACUGCAGGUCAAGAAGACUAUAGCAGGUUGAGACCACUGAGUUACAGAGGUGCAGAUGUUUUUGUACUGGCUUUCUCUUUGAUUAGCAGAGCAAGCUAUGAGAAUGUACUUAAAAAGUGGAUGCCUGAACUUCGUCGAUUUGCACCUAAUGUUCCAAUUGUUCUUGUUGGAACAAAACUAGAUCUUCGUGAUGACAGGGGUUAUCUUGCUGAUCAUAUGGGAGCCAACGCCAUAACAUCUGCUCAGGGGGAGGAGCUAAGGAAGCAAAUUGGUGCUGCAGCUUAUAUUGAGUGCAGUUCUAAGACUCAACAGAAUGUCAAAGCUGUUUUUGAUACUGCCAUUAAGGUUGUUCUUCAACCUCAAAGAAGGAAGGAGAUGGUUCGGAAGAAAAGGCAUCGACGGUCUGGUUGCUCGAUUGCGACCCUAGUAUGUGGAGGCUGUGAGGCUUAGCACAGAUUAAAAAGCCAGAGUAGAUGAUUCUUCACUCACUUUUGGAAUGGAAUAUUGGUUUGUAGUUUUUAAGGGGUUGCUCAACAAGCAAGGGCUGAAUUCUGAUUAUUAUUACUGGAUAGCUAAUGAUGUUCUUUUUGAGUGUAUUAUAAUAUAGUUUUGACAUAGUUUACACACCAGACAGAAAGUAAUGAAGGGAAUUGUUCAUUCUCUUAUCUUUUGUACUGUUACUGGGUAAAUUAUGUCUCAACACAUAAUAUGUUUUUUCUGCCAAAGUAGUACCACUACUAUUCUCUCUAUCUCUCCUCUGUGUAUCCCAAUAUAUCUUGUAUUUUUCUUAGUAUGCCUUUUGAGCCUAAUGGAAAUUUGUUGCUUGGGUUGCUCAUCAUCA